CGGAGCAGGGAGCAGUAAGCAGUGGUAAGCAGUUAAUAGCAGUUGGAAGUAGUGUUGUCAUCGUGUGGUACUUGAUUCUUUUAUUGUAUCAUAUAGAAGAUUAAAGUCCAACGACCAGUUUGUCUCUCGGUGACUAGCAAAAUUGGCAGUCUCGCGAUAACAUCGUUACGUGCGUCGUCACUUUUUUAUUUGUUUUGCGCUCUUACGACAUUUAGCGAUUUCUCCAUCUGGUAUACGUAAAGAAGUCGAGUGACGUCUCCGUUUGUACGUUUCACAUUCACCAGAAAUUCCCUGUGCUUCGUGUGCAUUUCAACGAAUAGGUCGAAACAGCUGUCAAGAUGGUCUACAAACCGAAGGUAUACGUGAUCGGCGUUGGAAUGACAAAGUUCGAGAAGCCCGGCCGGAGAGAAGACUUUGAUUAUCCGCAAAUGGCGAAGGAAGCAGUGAUCAAGGCUCUACAGGACGCGCACGUACCCUACAACACUGUGGGAGCUGUUUGCGUCGGAUAUGUCUACGGUGAUUCCACUUCCGGCCAAAGGGCGGUCUACGAAGUCGGGCUUAGCGGAUGUCCUAUUUACAAUGUCAACAACAAUUGCUCCACUGGAUCCACCGCUCUUUAUCUCGCCAAACAAAUUGUUGAAAGUGGCAAUGCGAAUUGCGUUCUGGCACUUGGAUUUGAAAAAAUGGAGCCUGGAUCUCUGACGUCAAAAUAUAUGGAUCGUACAAAUCCUAUGGAAAAACAUGUUGAGAUCAUGGCUGACAUUGCAGGCAUUUCUGAGGGUCCUAUUACCGCUCAAAUGUUUGGUAAUGCUGGAAUCGAACAUAUGAAGAAAUACGGCACAAGGCCGGAACACUUUGCGAAGAUUGCAUAUAAAAACCACUUGCAUUCCACUAACAAUCCGUAUUCUCAAUUUCAAGAGAAGUACUCUUUGGAACAAAUAAAGAAUUCUCCAAAAGUAUUCGGACCCCUGACAAAGCUCCAAUGCUGUCCCACAUCUGAUGGUUCAGCAGCUGUCGUUCUGGCUAACGAGGAAUUUGUUCGGAAGCAUCACUUGGAGCCACAAGCUGUCGAAAUUGUAGCUAUGGAAAUGACCACUGAUCAAUCUACAACAUUUACCGCUCAAUCGUGCAUGAAUCUUGUUGGAUAUGAGAUGACAAGAAACGCAGCCGAGAAAGUCUUUUCAUCGACCAACUACAAGCCGAGUGACGUGGAUGUGGUGGAACUGCACGACUGCUUCUCUGUGAACGAGUUGAUCACUUACGAAGCUCUGGGACUCUGCGCACCUGGUCACGGCGGCAAGCUGGUAGACUCUGGAAACAACACCUAUGGUGGCAAGUACGUGGUGAAUCCUAGCGGCGGUCUGAUCUCGAAGGGCCAUCCUUUGGGCGCCACGGGACUAGCGCAAUGCUCCGAACUUUGUUGGCAACUUCGCGGCGAAGCGGGCAAGAGACAGGUACAAGGCGCGAAACUGGCGCUGCAGCACAACAUAGGGCUGGGUGGUGCGGUAGUAGUAGCUCUGUAUCGGUUGGGCUUCCCGAAACAGGCGGUGAUUAAGAGAAAAGUAAAUGUUGCCGCUGAUCCGAGCAUCUUCAGAGCUAAUCUGCUGUUCAAUACACUUGCCAUCGCGAUGGACGAAGAUGAGGACGGUCUAAUCGAUAAAGUGCGGGGCAUUUACGGAUUUAAAGUUACGAACGGGCCCGGCGGUGCCGAAGGAUACUGGAUCGUAGACGCCAAAACGGGCAAAGGAAAAGUCGAGUACAAUAGCAAGACUAAGCCCGAUGUUACAUUUACGAUCAGCGACACUGACAUCGAAGACUUUGUUUCUGGGAAAUUGAAUCCGCAGAAAGCUUUCUUCCAAGGGAAGGUUAAAAUUCAAGGAAACAUGGGACUUGCUAUGAAAUUGCCCGAUCUGCAGAGACGUGCCGCUAAGAAGAUCGAGCUGCUUCGCUCAAGGCUAUAAGAUACCUGAGAGAUUCGAAUCUUGCAAAAAUAACGCACAAUCGAGCAAUGUGGUAAUGAUUUUCGAAAGCAAGGGAUUUUAAAUAACUGUAAAAAUAUCUUUUUGAAAAUAGAAGCAAAGCAAGUCUUCGUGUUUUCUCGUGCGUUUUCUUAUUUUCUUUUUUUUCCGUUCAAAAAGUGUCGAUGGCAGUUUUAUAUUUGCAUGUAAUUUAGCAUGUUAAACUUGAAUUCUCGAUAAAGCUACAAGAUAUAAGCUUUAGCCGGAAUAAAUAGACGAUGAAAUCAUUCUUGUAUAUAUUGAUGAUACAGAAAGUUUAUUUUUUAUAAUGUUAGUAAUACAGUUUGUAUUAUACGGAUUAUGCAUGAUAUUCGCAUGUGAUAGUUUCGAUGCGCUUUGGGAUAAUUCUUAGAACACAGGUGUACAAAAGAUUUUCCAAAUUAAUAUUCUUAUCUCAGGUAGUAUAUUUCCAAAGUGUAGGUCUCUCGCGUUGAUAUAUACUUAUAUAUAAAAUCAGAAGAAUGAAUUGUGAAAUUUAUGUAAAUUUACAAGUAUAAAUUUUCCAGAUUUGCUCAAUCAAAAAUCAAUUUUCGCAGACGCGAAGAUUGCGUAGAAUGAGAUGAAGAAAGUAAUUUGUAUAAAAUAUAGGUCCUUUAUUAACAAAAUCAAUAAUUUUGCGAUAUAAAUGGAACAAAUGAUGAACACUUUGAAUGGCCUAAUAUCCAUCUAUACUUCUAAAUAUAGAAACAUAAAGCCAUUUUAUAUCAAUAGCUCAUCUUUUAGCUGUGGUAAAUAGUAAUAAAAUGUUGCAAAACUAAUUGGAUCGAGAUCUUCAAUUAAUGCAUCUAAUUAACCGCACAUUGUUGAUAUUUUAUUAGCAUUUUUAUGUCUCGAGGCAAUGAGUUUAUAUUCGUUACUUUUUAUAUUCUACAACUUGUUCUAUUAUAAAUUGUUUAUUUUUUUUUUUAUGUUAAACCAGCCAUAUAUUGUUGCAACAAGUAUAAUUGCAUUGUCACUGUCUAAGGUGCAUUAUACGCUAAUAUAUUAAGCAAUUAUACAAAUGCAUGAUAAGCAAUAUGAGCGAAUUGUAUUUGUAUUCAUUAUUUUUAAUUUUAAAUAGGGUGAUUUUUUAAGAGAUUUUGUGUGAAAAGUGAAAUUUCGAGCAUAAAAUUCGUGCUCUUUUUACUUUUAUUAUUUUUGUUAACUAAUGACCACAUUUGAAACAACAGUACUUUGAUGUAUAUAUUACAAGUUUACCAAAAUUUUUAUUUUGGUUUUUACAAAAUGCAUAAAAAAGUUAUGGAAAAUGAUUUAAAAAGUAUAUUUUAAAAUCAAAUAUAAACUCUAUCAAAGGAUGCUUUUAAUAAAUAUACAAUAAUAAUAUGAACAGCAAGAAGAACGCAGUUAUCAGAGUGCGAGAAUUCUGAGAAUUAUUUUCAAUCAAGAUACAAUAAACGCAUUGUAAAUUCUGUUUUUGUUUUUCGUUGCUAUUUGUUUAUCAGGAUUAUUUUUCAUUUCAGAAGAUAUUUCACUUUUCAUUACGUAUUCCAUGGUUAAAAUAAAUAUAUAGAAUACGGAUGUUUUCUAUAAAUAUAGAAUAUACUUUUUCAUACAUCUUUUUAUAUAAAUGCAUGAGUUUGGAGGAAAACAGGGGUUAAAUAAGAUUUUAAUCUAGUAUUUUUUAUAAGUAUGAUUUGUGUAUACGAAAAUAAGAUUGCAAUAUAAACAUAAGUAAAAAUAUCAUUAAAAUUUUCGAACCAAAAAUUUUCUUUUAGCAAAAAUUAAAUUUAAUGAACCUUAUGUGUAAGGUUUUAACUAUAUUAAAUCGUUUUAAAUCUCUAUGUUUCGUAUAUGCUAAAUUAUUUCUUUUCUAAACGAUUAGAAAGAGAUUUGCAAAUGAAACAUUCUUUUAUCGUAAAAAAUGUAUAAAUUUAUGAAUACAUAACAUGCUACGUAUAUACGAUUUUGUAUCAUAUAAUGGAGAAGGGUGAAAUGUGUUUUAAAAUAAAAGCUGAUAAAGAUAA